AUGCCAAACAUGUGUCGUCCAUACUCCUUUCCGAACCGCAGAAGCAGUAGGCCUAGGGAGGGGUGGACUGAAGCAAGACGGGAGAAGGAGAAAGCGAGGAGCAAGGCGAAGAAGGAGAAGAAGAAGGCAGAGGGAAGGCUUCCCAGGAGGAGGACCAGUGAGAGCCAGCAGCAGAAGAAAAAGCCCAAGAGGGCUGAAUCGAGGAGGGAGAAGGAGGAGAAGGCAGAGGCCAAUAAUAAGGCAGGGCCGUGGCUCUCCGAGUAUCGACUUCCCAAGCAUGCAAUGGAGAAGUGGGGUGCCCCAAUCACCGUCAAUACCAACAUAGAGAUAGAGAACGGGUCCGUGGCCGAGGGUGCAUAUGUUGGGAAGGAUCAUCCAAUCGAUAGGAAGCACGGUACGGACAAUUAUACCAUGGAAGGUGUACUAGUUAUGGGAUGUAGGCUUGAGGAAUGGGACAGCGUGUAA